GCCUUGGAGCUGGCAGAUCCCAUCUUGAGGUACUGAGCUUCUAAUGAAGGAGGGGAUGAGGUAAGAAAGGGGUAAGGGAUGUGAUAGGUAGGACGAAAUACAAGCAAUUCGUGACCUCAUUUCCGUAAAAUCUCAGCUGUUCGUUCCAUUUACUCUUACGCACUCUGGAUCAACUUUGAGUGUCUGACGCCUAAAUCAUCAUCAUGGACACUCCACUGACGAACGACCGACUGGUCGAGGAGCGAGCUUUCAUGAAGCGAUACUCUGAAGGUCUCUCUUCCUACAAGGUCGAAUAUCCCGGAGACUUCAGCGCACCGCUCGAGGAACGACCCCGUAAAGUCAAUGUUAUUGGAGUCCCUGUCGCAGAUCCGCCCGAUGUCAUGGAUGUGGAUACAUCUCCCUCUCAAGAUUCGUCUAUGAAUCUCACCAUCAAGUCGCUGAAGCCGGCUCUCACUGUUUCCGUCACGGCACAAUCGACAGACACUGUUGCGGACCUCAAGAAGAACAUUUCGAAAUCAUCGUCCGCCGCCCCGCCGCCCGAGGGCCAACGCCUACUCCUGAAAGGCAAAGCUUUGACCGAUUCAAAGCUGUUGAAGGAAUAUGAUAUCGAGGACGGCGCGGUCGUGCACCUGAUGAUGAAACCAACGGCUGUGACGGUGGAGAAGACAGAAGCUAUCCCGGCUCCCUCAUCAUCUCAUGCUCGAACGCCAUCCCUUACUAUCACCACGGCUGUGGAUGAUGACUCAAAGCCUGGGCAGGCUGUCCCCAUCACCGACAAUGAUAUCGAUGUUCCCCCUUUGGGUCCCCAACCUCAAGUCUCUUCCGCCCUUUUCCACAAGACACUAUCUGAUCCACACUUCUGGCAGAAACUACACGCUCUCUGUGUCACAGAGUUCACCAUGGAGGAUGAUGCGGAUGCGGCUUGGGAAGUCUUCCUGUUGUCUAUGAAAAGCCGGCUCAGUGCUGGCGAAGCGGCCAAGAUCAGAGAUAUCGUCGGUAUCCGCGGUAUGGGAGGUGGAGCUUUGUGAGAUCUCAUCCUUGAACAGGCGGGCAAAGACGCCCCCUCAAGUACAUGUAACGAUAUGAUCACACGCUGUCCACCACCAGUCUGUGCUUUGCCACAUAAAAAGUGGAGAGAGAAUUUGCUUCCGCUGCCUCGCGAGUUAUUUCUUUUGUUUAGUGAAUUUACCCCUCAACUCUCCCCCUCCCUGUAUUCAUGUUCUACUUUACCAUCCAUCACCGGUAUUAAAAUCAAUCUACCCUCAUUCAAGCCAGUACACAUGGCAACGCGACGAAGAGCUUCAUUGGAAGCGAGAGAAG